ACGGCUGCCGUCAAACGCUCUGCAGUCUUCACCGCAGCUUGAAGAAUAGUUAACAAAUACGUGGUUUAAUCCCUCAAUCUGUCACCGUUCUUAUAACUUUCCACUCAGAUCAACAGCUGAAGCGUAUCUGUAGGUGGUUUCAAAUAUCCAGCAUUGCCUCUCAGUUUGUGAGCUCAGCACCGGGGAAUGUGCAUGACAUGUUGGACAGACUUCUGACCCAGAGUAUCUUCUCAGCAACAACUCGGCUGUGUGUGACCUCUCCCCCUCCCCUCCCGCGACCUCUGAACCCCGGUCAACCUUCACCCCCUCCCCUCCCUGAGGCCAGACUGUGAUCCAUGGCGCUGGAGAAGCUUCUGCGUUUCGGGAAGCAGUUGCUGAGGGUGAAGGUGGUGGACUGUAACACAGAGGACUCCCGUCUGUCCCGAUGCCUCAACACUUUCGACCUGGUGGCCCUGGGCGUGGGCAGCACGCUGGGCGCUGGUGUCUAUGUGCUGGCUGGCGCCGUUGCACGAGAGAAUUCAGGUCCUGCGAUUGUGUUGUCUUUCCUGAUAGCAGCCCUGGCCUCAGUAUUAGCCGGUCUGUGCUAUGCUGAGUUUGGAGCCCGUGUCCCAAAGACAGGCUCAGCUUAUCUUUACUCCUAUGUGACUGUUGGGGAACUCUGGGCCUUCAUCACUGGAUGGAACCUCAUCCUCUCCUAUAUCAUUGGUACCUCCAGUGUGGCCCGAGCAUGGAGCGCUACCUUCGACGAGUUGGUAGGGAAGCGCAUCGAGCAGUUCUGCAGAGAGUACAUGUCCAUGAAUGCACCGGGUGUAUUAGCACAGUACCCUGACAUGUUUGCUGUUGUCAUCAUAAUCACCUUAACAGGUCUGCUGGCAUUUGGGGUCAAAGAGUCAGCGAUGGUAAACAAGGUGUUUACGUGUAUCAACAUCCUGGUCUUGUUGUUCAUGGUCGUCUCUGGCCUGGUCAAAGGCACUUUAAAGAACUGGCAGCUUGACCCUGAAGAGAUCCUUCACGCCAAUUAUACCAGUAACUCCAGCCUCAAUCUGACAGAAACCCUGCCAAGCAAAGAGAUAUUAGGAGUGGGCGGCUUCAUGCCGUUUGGUUUCACAGGUGUCCUUUCAGGAGCUGCUACCUGCUUCUAUGCCUUUGUCGGAUUUGACUGCAUCGCCACCACAGGUGAAGAGGUGAAGAACCCCCAGAGAGCCAUCCCCAUCGGCAUCGUAUCCUCGCUGCUCAUCUGCUUUGUAGCAUACUUUGGUGUUUCUGCAGCCCUCACCCUCAUGAUGCCCUACUACCUGCUGGACAGCAAAAGCCCCCUGCCUGUAGCCUUUAACUAUGUGGGCUGGGGAGGAGCCAAAUACGCCGUAGCUGUAGGCUCUCUUUGUGCUCUGUCUACGAGCCUGCUGGGUGCUAUGUUCCCUAUGCCUCGUGUGAUCUGGGCUAUGGCCGACGAUGGGCUGCUUUUCAAGUUCAUGGCCGAGAUCAGCCCCCGCACCAAAACCCCGCUAACUGCAACCCUCACCUCUGGCAUAGGGGCAGCUAUCAUGGCAUUUCUGUUCGACCUGAAGGACCUGGUGGACCUGAUGUCAAUAGGGACCCUGCUGGCCUACACAUUAGUGGCUGCCUGUGUUCUGGUUCUGAGGUACCAGCCCGAGCAGCCCUCUCUUGUAUAUCAGAUGGCCAAUACCCAGGAUGAGGGGGAGCUGAGCGAUGGCAUCAGUGUCCCUAGUAUGGGCAUGCUGCCCGGUAUGGAGGAGAAGUUCAGCGUCAAGACCCUCCUGUUCCCGGACAACUCUGAACCAUCCACAUUGUCGGGCUUCUCUGUCAACAUCUGUGCCUCUAUGUUGGGAACAUUAAUCCUGGCAUUCAGUGUACUGGCAGUGCAGGGGGGCACUGCUGUGUGGAACGUCAUAGCCCUCAGUGUCAUCUUCAUGGUGUGUCUCCUCCUCACCUUCAUCAUCUGGAGACAGCCUGAAAGCAAGACGAAACUCUCCUUCAAGGUUCCACUGCUGCCCUUCAUUCCAGUGAUCAGUAUGUUUGUAAAUGUGUACCUGAUGAUGCAGCUGGACAGAGGCACUUGGAUACGAUUUUCUGUUUGGAUGGCUCUAGGUUUUGUGAUCUACUUCUGCUAUGGCAUUCACCACAGCGCUGAGGCCGCUCUGGCCCGCUCAUCUCCAGAAACAGAGAUGGACAGUUUCAAACAUGACCACAAUUCAGAGGCCAUGUCACCAGAGAAGGAGGCCUUCCUGCACAACGGCAUCGAUGCCAUCGACGAGGACGAUGGAGAUUUGUAGACUGCAUUAGAACAUGCUGUGUACAUUUCCAACCUUCCCUGACACCAGUCUGUGUGUGUAUUAUUUUCGACUGGACGACUCCCCUUGCUGGCAGCACUCCGGUUUGGACAAAGCAAUGAUAAAUAACUUUGACCUAAAAUCCCCAAACCUGUGACUCUCCCCCUUGACUGCCAGGCAGAAAACAGAAAAGUGGCAUAUUGGCACUUCUUUAGCCAUAAUAGACAUGUUCUGUUAUUCGAGUAUUUUGUAAUAAGCUUGUUACCCCUUCUGUUUGGCCUUGAGCUUCAGCUGCUUGUUAUCGCUUUGCUGUCUGAGGGGGGAGGGCUCAUGCUGGAGACACAAAACAUCUCAGUGUUUCAGGGAGGUUAAGUUGAGGUCUGGGUAAGAGUACAUUGCUGGCAGUAGGACUAUGCGCACAUGUGUAACAGCUUUCGUCUGGAUGCCAGAAUGUUCAACAGUAAUACAUUUUCUUGUCUUUCUGUUUAUGAAAACAUAUCUACUGUAUAUAUAUAUAUAUAUAAAUGAUUCUGAAAAUCAGAUAACACAAUAUGUAUUUCAUACAGAUUGGUUCCAUUAGCUACAUUCUCAUAAACCUGCCAACUCUUAUGUAACUGAUGUUGAAAUGCUGCUCUAACAGUCCCCCAGACAAGUGAGAGCUUGCACAAUACACUGCAACACGCUUGUCUGUGACAUAAUUCCCUGUGUUAACUAGCAGAAAAGGAUGGUCGGGCCAAUGGCUGUGCAUACAGUACAAGCUGGCCAGCAGGGAGCUGUAGUUUACAGUUUCCAUGAGUCUAAUUUUAAAUCCGAAGGACUGCAUUGAUACCGUCAGUCACAAGCCUUGGAUCUGGCUGCAAAUGAUGAUGCUGAAAUGUCUGUAACAAGACACUUAACGACGUAUCCUGUUGGACAGUUCAUUACUCUGAGACACAGCGAUUCAGAGGAAGUGUCUAAAGCCUGACAGGAACAUUUUAAAUUUCUCAAAGUGAAAAUAUGCUCUCUUAUUUGGCAUAUUUAAUGCCCAUGAUAAAUAGGUGAAAUCUGGUUUGUGAAUCCUGAUAUAAGUUGAGCUGGCCUGACUCCAGAGCUUUGAAUCCGCCCUCAUGAAACAGCAGUUUUUCCGUUGAAAAGGACCCAGUGAGGACUAAUGAUUAGCCAGUCAGCACCACAGGCAGGACUAAUGCCGGCACCAUCGUCAAGCUGUGCGGCAGAACCAAUGUGGAGUGAUUACAAUGGCGACUACUUUAGACAAGAUAGACGCUGCUCUCAAUACUGCCUGAAAUCGUGGUUUGAUAUACCUCACUGCCGCCCCACUCCUAAACCCCAACCAAACAGGUAUGCUGGCAUGGCGACGCAUCAGUUUGGACUUAAGGUGACCUUAGAUUCAGGUGGAUACGUUGGUCUCUAGUAAUUGGUUAGGAGACAGUCCAAUCCCCCUCCCCCACGGGAAACACUUGGAGUGGAGGCAAGGUCAGACUGAAGAUGGACACGGAGUGUAACGAGUUGGCAAUUGUGUCUGAUAUCGGGCAAAUGUUGAGUAUCAGGUGAAGACAGUGACAGCUGCUGAAUGUCAGUUAACGCCAUGUAACAUUAGAUGAUAGUGGAUUUUCACAGUGCUGGCUGCUGUGUCUUUUUGCAACUGUAACUUGUAACAUUUAGCUUGUCUUUAAAAAAAAAAAAAAAAGAAGAAGUCAGGCCGAUCUUUUUUUUCUCAUGUUCAAUUUGGAAGAAUGUAUUUGUUCUCAGUUUAUAUAGGCCUUUUCUCAUGUUUAUUAAUGUCUUUUUAUUACCCACUUCCUAAAAGAUGUUCAUUUCCAAUGUGCUUUUGAGAUUAGGAAUCUGAUUCGACUUAAUAUUUAUAAUUAAGUUAAAGCCUAUGAAAAAUAUGAUCUGGAAGAAUUCGCCACACUUGUACAUUUAUUUACAUAGAUUUUUUAAAAUUUGUUUCUUUUCAUUAAAAUAUCUAAUGCGUUUAGAUAUUUUUCUCUUUUCAUAAACAUAAAAAAAGUGUAGCAUUUCACUCAUGGUGCCUACAUUACCCACAAUGCAACUCAACUUCCAACAGAUCAGUUGGAAAUUGGGGUGUGUUAUGCUUGUAGUGGUGGCUUAUGUAGCUAUUCAUUUUUUAAUUCAAUUUCAAUUAUCUUUAUUUUCAGAUUUGUCUUCAGACCUAACCAACUUUGACUCAAGUUACAUCAGACUUUAUGCCUCUUCCUAUUGAGCCACAACAAAACGCAACGUUAAUGCAGUAGUAAUCCACAAGAUGUGUAAACGGACUCUAGAGACGGUGUGACAAAAGUUUAAUUCGUCGUUUAAAUGCAGGUCUGUUAGUUUUAGCCUUUCAAUGCAUUAACUGCGGUUUUGGGAAUCCUUUACAACAAUGUACCUGUCUAUAAUUAGACACAUGUAAUCAAGAUUGUGUAUAUAAGAUAUUGUUUAUAUUUCUUGUAGUAAAUUAUUUGUAAAUUGGAGAAAAGGCUUAUGUUAUGUUGCCCUGUUUGUAUCUGAUAUUGUGCUCCUUAUAUUGUGUUUACAUGAUCAGUGCAACUAAAACUUCAUCCUCAGGGUUGGAAAAGUCGCUGCCUUCACCUUCUUUUGUCAUUUCUUAACCAUUGAUGCCUCAUUAAUAAAAACAAUUGUCGGAAUAACACCA